AACAUUGUCAAUAAUUGCUUUUGAAGGUUAUUUAUACCUUUUCAUCAUUAGACGUUUAAGCAGCAGAAAAUAUCCCAAAAUAACAAAACAAAAUCUGAGGGAUCUACUCUACUUCACUUUAUAUUUUCUACUUCAGUUGCAGUUACUCAUAACCAUUACCACACAAAAUUUUUGUGUGAAUAAUAUAUCAUUUAAUGCUGAUUAUGGAUAUGAAAAAAGUAUCCACCCAUCAUUUUGUGAAGAAUAUAUAAAUUUCAACAAUAUUUCAUGGUGUGAAUGGUGUGUGAACAAUUCUGGAUCAACAAGUAGCAUAAUUAUGCUGCUAUAUUACUUAAACUGUGUUAUAAUAUGCAGUUUAUAUUCUUCAGUGUGUUUUGUGGUUAAAAUCAUCAGUCGCUAAAACUAUUGCUGAUAUGAAAGUUUUCUCCUAACUGUUAAGUGGAUUCAACUGUAUCGUUUAUUCCAAGACUACAACUCGCUUAUAUAUAAUUCAGAGACUUUGUGGAUUGGCACGCUAUUGGUUUAUAUUGUUUGCUUGACGACCAGUAAAUCUUUUUGGAAGUGUCGAAAGACGUGAUCAACAGAAACGAGUUUACAACUACAUGGAGCCAGCCAAAAGAUAGCUGAAAUAUGUUUUUACAGGAUUAGGUCAACAAUUGUUUUUAUUUCUCUUUUUGAAAACAUCUCCAUAUCAUUAUAGCUAUCAUUUCCAACGAAAAUUGUGGUAUGCAGACUAUCAACGCACAUGUGGAAUUAAUUAAAUGGAUGAAUGUAAAGGUAAAAUAAAACUUAUUCUGUGGCUGCUAUUAAAUUCGGUAAAGCAAUUUACAAUCUUAUCAACAAAGGACAGUGCUACAUUAUUUUUGUACGUUGCAAAAUGCAACACAUUUCAAAAAGUAUCUAGAACGGAUUAGUCGCCAACAUUAUUUUUGUAAAGGACAAAGCAUCUAUAUUAAAGGGACCACAUUAUGUUUCUCAUAUAGACAUAUCCCGUUUCGAAGCAACGACAAACACGGAGGCAAAGCGACUGAAUCACAAUAGAGGACAGAGACAGUUGUUCAUAUUCAAAAAAAGUUCAAAUGCGGAUACAACAACAAAUUAAUUAAAUAAAAAAAAGUUUAAUGAAUACAAUUAUUUUUCAACAUUUAAUUUCUUUUUAGCUAAAUAUUUGCUGAUAUUCCAGAAAACAAAUAAUCAUAAACAUCAACGCAACCGCAGCAGUAUCGUAUCCACUUCUACAGUUAGCAACUACAGUCAAAUCAAUAAAUUCACACUCUUACUUGUGCUAAAUAAUAUUAAAUACAGUACUAAUUGUUGUAAUAGUGUUUAGUUUUAGGUGUAUAGAUUCAAACAAUACAAUUAUGUCAAAAAAGCAGACGAGAAUGUUCUAAAUGCUUCAGUCUGUACAACAUAAAAAUAAAUUUUUUAAUGAAAUAAUAUAAUAAUUUUCAACUUUACUCUUCCGCUAUUAUUUGUAUGGACAUUGCAGAAAAGACUACUAAUGCAUCAACUGUUAGCAUCUCAUCGAAAUCCUCAAAGCCUACAGUUCCAUCACGUAAUUUAUGGGUUUCCGGUUUAUCAACAUUGACACGUGCAAGUGACUUGAAAACAAUUUUCUCCAAGUAUGGCAAAGUAAUCGGUGCAAAGGUUGUUACAAAUACGCGUACACCGGGUUCCCGUUGUUACGGUUACGUUACAAUGUCAUCAUCAUCUGAUGCUACUCGUUGUAUCGAAAAUUUGAACCGGACUGAACUGCAUGGGCGCAUUAUAUCUGUGGAACGUACAAAAAAUGAAAUUGGUAAUACAUCAAACGGAGCUAAGGACUCAGCAAAAGUUACAGGUUCGCGUUCAGCAUCCAAAAAGAAAGAUGACGACAAAAAAAGUUCUGCUAAAGAUGGUGCCAAACCUUAUGAUGAAAAACGGAAACUUGGUGAUACUAAAAAAGACGAUAAGGACAAAGAUAAGGGAAAGGAUAAAAAAGAUGAUAAAGAAGCCAAAGAUGAAAAAUCAAAUGACAAUAAACGUUCACGUGACCAAGUUCGUUCCAAGGAAGUCGAUAAAGAGCGUGAACAGCGCAUACGCGAAAGGGAACGUGAACGCGAGCGCAUACGUCAACGCGAAAUUCUCUCUUAUCAAAAGAUACGCGAAGAAAGGGAACGUCAGCGUUUGCGUCAAAAGGAAAGAGAAUUGCGUGAAGAGGAACGUCGUCGCCGGGAGAUACGCGAUCGUCAACGCCAAGAAGAAAUUCGUCUAGCAGAAGAACGCAGAAAGUUGGCUCAGGAACGUGAACGUCUUGAACGAGAAAAGGCUGAGCUUAUGCGUUUGGAACGUGAGCGUCAAAAGUUGGAACGUGAAAAAAUUGAACUGGAACGACUUGAGCUAAAGCGCCAACAAAUGAAAAUGUUACAAGCUCGUGAGGAACCCAUCAAACGUCAUUCGAAGCACACUAGUGAUGAUCGGUAUGCUGAAGUUUCCGAACGUAAACGUACAACAACAAAUGAAGGACGUAUGGAAGCACCACCACCACCUAGGUUUGAUGCCAGCUUAGUAUCCUCAAGAAGUUUCGAUAAGAAGCGUGAUGAUUAUAACAGUACAGCAACAUCAAAACGUUUAGAUUACAGCAAACGCGAUGACUACACAAGUUCUAGUUCUAAACGUAGUGCCAUUGACGAUUAUACUGCAGUACCAGCGAAGCGUAAUACCGAAGAUUACGCUAAUAAGCGUGGAGAUUACAUGACAGGGGCAAAGUCCUCUCGUGAUGAAUACAAGCGCGAAGUUGAAAUACGUCACAUUCCAAGCGGAAGCACGAAUAAUACAUUCCAUUCCAAAAGCAAUAACAGUCGUUAUGGAGAGAGCGAUCGUAGUAAUUACAGACGAACUGGCAUGGAGGAGAUUAGAUCAAGUACAAACAAUGUUUGGCCUGCUACUGGGCACAUGAGCGGUGGUAACACUAUUCCAGCUAAUAUGCACGGUUGGCAAAAGACCAUUCAUACAGAUGACAAUACCUGGCGCCCAUCACAAGGUACACAGGAUCGGUAUGAUCGAACAUUCAAUGAACGCGCUGGAUACGGCAACAGUGGCGCCUUAUAUACUAAUAGUGGACGCGCUGGUCAAGAUCGAUAUGGACCUAUCUCUCGUUAUUAAUUUUAAAAUUAAGUAUAUUGGACAAUUUAAAUAUUUAUAGGAUGAUCCAUAAUUACCUAAUCUCAAAUAAUAUUUAAACCGAUUUUAUUCAAUGUAGCGAUAUUGCAUUACAUGUAUAAAUAAUUAUACUCUUAUAACAACUAUCACGUAAUGAUAGUCAAGUAGUUUUGAAUUAAUGUAACGCAAUGCUUAAUUAUGUUAGUAACAACAUAAUUAUUUCAAUAAACUCAUUGAGAUAUAAGUAAUAUGUAUCAAUUUUAUUAACACCAAAAAAAUUAUAUUCAAAAAAUUAAUUUUUUUUUAUAGUUCGAAGAGUAUUUGCACUUUCUACAAUAAAUUUGUAAUAAAAUAUAAUA